AUGGCAAGAUUCUGCACUGCAUGUGGAAAUAGUUUAGUGACAGCCAGUACAGAGACAUCGCCAGUGUUGACUUCGACGAAUGGCAGCGGUGCCAACAGCACAGUCACAUCGCCACUUUCUCCAUUGUCACCAAAGGCGCACCAACAAUCAUCAUCAUUAUCACCAUCACUUAAAUCGCCAACGCCUAAAUCACCAACACCUAAAUCACCAUCACCAUCGCCAUCUCCAUCACCAAGCACAACGCCAAAGCCAACAGUCACCAUAACCAAUCUAACAAAGUCAAAGAGUGUUGGCGCUACUGUUUCCACAGCCAACACAUCGGCAACAUCAUUGAAACCAUUACCAACUAUACCACGGCCAAGCAGCGCAGUCACUUCACCACUGGCAUCACCCUCAUCACACAAGACUCCGCCACUUCCACCCAAGCCAUCGACGUCGACACGCGGCAACACAUCACCAGCACCACCAGCACCAGCACCAGCACCAUCACACUCCACAGGCUCAACGUCGACGACGACUACUACGCCAUCUCCAUCGCCAACUCCCAAACCACUGCCAUUCGCACCAAAGAUCCAUGAUCAUGCCAACUCAAGGAAGUCCACGCCUCUUCCGUUAAAGGCAGCAUCAACAUCGACUCCAACUUUGGAGACACAGACAUCGACAGGCGAGAGCUUCAUGAGUGUGAAGCUGAAACGUACUUCCAACUCGAUGAACUUGCGGGCCAAGACAGCUUCGGGACCCCUGACACUGACCACCGCAGAAGAUAAACCAAGCAUCGCGUCUGGCUCGUUCGUCAAGCUGGCCGUGAAGAGUCGUGAUGAGUUGGAUAACAAUGCACAGCGCGAAACUGUCGCGCUCAAGGCACAAGAAGCAGACAUCUCGAGCGAGAAGGAGAUGAACGAGUCACCACCUCUAUCUCCAUCGCCGCCACAACUUCCAAAGAAGCCACAUCACAUGGAGAGACCACUGCCGGCACCUCCUCCCGCCCCAGCCCAACCGCUUACACCUGACACCAAACGAAUGAGCAUCCCCCUUCCGCCACCAGUCGAUCGCGAGAAGGAGUUGGAGCGUCAGAAGAUCAGAGAGGCCGAGCAGGAGAAAGAAAUGGAGCGCGAGAGACUGCGACAGAUCGAGCGUGAUGAGCGCAACAAGCUGCGACUGGAGGAGCGUGAGAAGCAGCGCCUGCAGGAGAAAGAGGAGCGCGACCGACUCAGAAAGGAAGAGAUGGACAAGGAACGUCUAAAGAAGGAGGAGCGUGAUGAGAAGGAGAGGCAGCGACUGGUGGAGAAGGAGCGUGAGCGAGAGCGCAAGCAAGAAGAGAAGAAGCAGCGUCAGUCGGACCGCGAGAAGAAGAAGAGCAUCAGAUUGGUUGACUCACCAAUAAGCGGCGCCGUUGCUACCAGCGAUGGUACUGGCGACAGCAGCGAUGAGGACCUCAAGAACAACUCUCCAAAGAUGACACUAAGCGACAUGGCCGAGCAGAUAAAGCAGCACAAGGAGAAGGAGCGACGUAAUCGUGAGCGUGAGAGGUUCAACUCCAGCCCAGCCAAGGGUCGUACCUUCCUGUCUUUCCUGCUGGGCAGUGGAUCGAGCCCCAGCCCAACAGCUGGCCUCGACGAGGACAUGGUUAUAUCAUCGCCACAACCUUCAACAGGUGUCAGCGAGAAUGGCGCGCCACAGGCUACCCCCACGGCCGAGGACGACUCGGCGACCGAGCAUCCACAGCUAAGGAAAUGGGUCAUCAGACGCAGCGAGUUGUCGACAAGCAAGGGCGACCUUUCACCGCAUCUUAGUAGCUCGCCAACUGGUGGCAGCUCACCAUCAUUGUUGAACGGACUGAGUGGUGGCAGUGCGAUCUCACCCAUCAGCCAGUCACAGCGAAACAGUGUUGCCAUCGAGGGCAGUGCCUCACCAUUCGAACAACAACAGGCACAGCAGCAACAAAGAGGCACCAUUGACGCCAAGAAGGAGUCCGCGCCACAGCCAGCACCUACACUGCCCGCCCUGCCACAGGCUGUCGACAUUCGAAGCAAGGUGAUCGAGGAGAUCAUUGUCACCGAGGCCGACUACAUUCGCGACAUGGAGAUCAUGGUGUGGAUGCGCAAGGAGAUGGCUGCGCAGGAGGAAGCCAAAGGCAGUAUGCUGGACGAGAUCAAUGUUAUGUUUAGCAACGUGGAGCAGCUGCUACUCGUCAACAAGGAGCUCUUUAACAAGUUUGUCACACUGCCUUCGUCGGGCGACUUUGGCGAGUCGAUCGCCAGCGGCUUCAUCUCGAUGGCCGACUUCCUCAAGUCCUACUACGUCUACUGCAGCAACCAACAAAAGGCCCUCUCCACCUUUAAUGGCCUGCGAGGCAAGAACUGUUCAUUCCUUGGCUAUCUGUUGACGCGACGCGAGUGUCGCUCACUCCCCUUUGACAGCUUUCUCAUCAAACCUGUUCAAAGAGUGUGCAAGUAUCCAUUGCUGAUCAGAGAAUUGAUCAAAUCAACACCGCAGACAAUGCCUGCCUACCAACUACUGAUGCAUGCACAGACAAAGAUUGAAUCGAUCGUGGCUACAGUCAACGAGAAGAAGCGCGAGUUUGAUGGUCAGAUGAGAAUGUACGAUAUCCAGACACGCCUGGUCGAGGGCGGCUGCGAGACAAAGAUACUGGCGCCAUCAAGGAAGCUGAUAAAGGAGGGCGAGCUCGAGAGCAUUGGUAUGAUCGUGCCAGGCAGCUCGUCGUCUCAGUACAGCAAGAAGCCCAAGCCUGGCUUCUACUACCUGUGCAACGACCUGUUCUUGUUUGCGCAGCCCGUUGGCACCGACCAGUUGACACCAACCUCACCGCUGAAGCUCAAGGCUUACAUCCCACUGGACGCCACUGUCAUCCGCUGUGUGCCGAACGACCCCAACUCGUUCGAGCUGCUCUACUCGUGUCUGCAGGUGUGGCACUUCACCGCCAGCUCGCCAGAGGAGAAGCAGACGCUGUUCAAUGAGUUGGAGACACAUAUCGAGCUCAACAUGAAGAAUGAGUACAAGAAGUUUGUCGAGGAGCACGAGAAGCAGCAGAAGGCAACAUCAGUGGAGACGUACGAUGAGUGGCGCUUGGCAGUCAGGAACAAGCCACUGCCCGAACCACCAAAGUCCCCAGAGAACAACACCAGACUGUCCAAAGCGUUGCCAUCGCUACCAGCCAACAGCAUCAACCCCGAGAAUGUCAAGGUGAUCAAGGUUACGUGCCACCAGUUGGACGCACGACAGGUUGAGAUUGACAAGGAGUCGCCUACGCUCAAGUCACUCAAAGAGAAGAUCCAGCACAAGUUCAGCUUGGACAACCUUGAAUUUAGCAUCCAGCACACCUCGCCCAGUAUGGCAUCAUCUCCGCACAACAGCAUCAUCUCCACCGAUCAGGAUCUACAGGCUAUCGUUCAGCAGAACGAUGUGAGCACCUUGGAAAUGAAGAUAUUCGCUGUAAAGAUAUAG